CCUAGUAAUUACACAAAUGGCUGAUAUACUUCAAGAUCGAGAACGUGAAAAAAAGAUAGGGCGGCUACAGGAGUUGUUUAGGGGUCGGUUUUCUGUGGGACAGGCUCGCAGGCUUUUGGAACAUCAUGGAUGGAAUCUAGAAAUUACGACGAACUUCAUAUUUGAAGCGGACCCAGAGGAGCUGAAGAGAGUGUCCCAUAGCGAAGAUGAAGGGUGGCAGAUAGUUUUAAACAACAGAGUUUGGCGGGAGCUUGCCAAACAAGCAAAGAUACCGGAAGUUGACAUUCGACAAUUUGCAUGUCGUCCCUGUGACAGCGUGUGGUGGCGACGGGUUCCGGGAAGAAAAACUGUUUCAAAAUGUCAUCGAUGUAGAGUUAGAUACGAUGCAAUACCGAAAGAACAUGAAUGGGGCCUAGCUCAAUUUGAAUGCGACCAAUGUGGAAAUGUCUUUAUAGGAUUUGGACAAAUGAAUAAUAAUUAUAGCCCUUGUUACGCUUGUGGAAAUAAAGUCCAACCUGCCAGGAUAUUACCUAAAAGACGAAGCACUGGAGGAAACAGACGUCAAAGUACCCAUUCCUGUUUUGCGUACAAUUGCUAUAACAUAGCAGGCGAUGUUCAACCCGGGAUAUGUGUUCACCCUAAGUCUCUAGCCCGAAGAGUUGUAACACAGAGUGAUACGCACGCUAGCUCUGGUUCUACUGUCGAUACAUUCCUAACUCAAGAUGACUUGGCAUCAUUUAUAUCAGGCAGCAGUCGACCAAAUCUUUCAGAUGUUGAUGAAGAAAAUUAAUACAUGUAGUACUCAUUUCAAUACUUAAUUGUAUAUUUUUAUAUUUAUUUUACAUGUAUCAUUUUAGAUCAACUGAGUCACUCAGACGACCCAUAGUAACAUGGUAUUGGUUUUAAAAAAUGGAUAAUUCUUUUUAUUAAAAAAGCUGUCUAAUACCCCCUGACGCAGUAGACAGGACUAGUGAAGGGAUCUAAAUUUCCAUAUAGAAAUGUAUAAGAUAUUUUAAGAAUUUUUCACGAACAGCAAGGAUACAAGUUGUCAAGAUACACAUGUAUAUGACCCCUCCCCCCCUCCCCUCCCCCCUCAAAUAUUAAAGAUUCAAGAGUUUUAAAAGCAAUACCCCGGUACAGAGAUGUGGCCAUAAAAGCGUCAAAUGUUUUACAGGGAUAUCUUUACAUACAGGAGUAGAACGUCUUAUUAUCACAAAGUUUUUUAUUCACAAAUUGUUUUUAUGAUGUAUUUUUCAUUUUGUUAGUUUUGUGUCAAAGAAUAACAUUAUAUCAUAAAUGUAUUAAAGAAAGUUCCCAAGAAAAAUAAUGCUUCAGAUUGUCAAAUUAUUAUGAAAAUAUCCUCAUAAAAAGUACAUUCAGCUUUGUUCACAAGAAUGCCCUUUCUAAGAAAUGGAAUUACCUUUGGAUUGUCACCUUAAACAAACGAGGAAAACGUUGCGCGAAAAGAAACCCUCUUAUCCUUGUGAAACGUAAAAUACUUGUAAGGUCCAAAUCGCUUUUUGAAACCAAUACGAACGUACAUGUAGUGUCAAAAUUCGGCAUUAAGUAAACUGAUGUUGUGUUUUAGUUUUCUGUGUUUCGAAUGUCUAACGUUUUGUUCAGCAUGAU